AUGGCUGCAGCAGAAAAGCCGUUUCGGGCGAUUAUCGUGGGUGGUGGCCUCGUCGGCCUUAUGGCCGCACAUAUCUUUACGAAGGCAGGCAUCGACUUCGUGAUACUCGAACAGCACGAGGAUUUGAUGCCCGAGCUAGGUUCUCUACUAAGCGUGUGGCCCCCGACAUUCCGCAUCCUCGACCAGCUAGGCCUCCUCGAUGAAGCGUGGCCAGUUCUCGAAGAAGUCGGGGUUGGGUGCACCAAGUCUGCUGACGAUGACUCCACUUUCUAUGAAGUUCCCAUGAAUCAAAAAUUUAAGGAAAACCAUGGCCACGGAUUGCGAAUUACUCAUCGUCCUCGUUUUAUUGAAGUUCUAUAUCGACAAUUACCCGAUAGCGCGAAAGACCGAAUCAGGUUGAAGAAACGCGUAGUUAGUAUUCAGGUGUUCGACGAUAGCGUGAGUGUUGAAUGUGACGACGGUACGACCGUCAGGGGGUCAAUCAUUGUUGGUGUAGAUGGCGUUCACAGUAGGGUUCGUCAGUGUAUGCAAGCGAUGGCAAAUGGCAAACCACCCCCAGACAAAUCGGAAAGACCGGGUAAUCCAUACGUUACAACUUAUCGAAUGCUCUUUGCAAAUAGUCCAAUUCUACCCGGGUUGAAAAACAAUACCGACUAUCAGUGCGCAUCGGCUCGCGUGGCGACCCAAGUUGUAGUCGGCAGCUCUCAAGCUUGGGUGGGCGUAUACGAAGCGCUGGACGAACCCAUAACUGGGCGGGUCAAAUACACCGACGAGGAUAAGAAGAAAACGUUGGAGAAAUGGGGACACCUUUAUAUGGCUCCUGGCUGGAGAGUGCGCGAUGUCUUUGCUUCGAAUGUUGAUGGCAUUGGUAUGAUCAACUUGGAAGAGGGUCGAGUGGAUAAAUGGUCCUAUAAGCGCGUCGUCCUCGUAAGCGAUGCUGUUCGGAAGCUAUCGCCCCUAGGCGGACUGGGCUUCAACAGUGGUACUCUCGAUGUUGUUGUUCUCGUUAACAAACUCCGACGCUUGCUUCAGACGACAGCAUCUCCCAGCACGGAAACCCUAGAAGCCUUAUUCGUUGAUUACCAGAAGGAUCGGUUGAAGGACGAAAAUCCAAUACAUGAACUCUCAAGUGAUCGCACACGAGCAAUCGCAUGGCUCUCAUUUAAAGACAAAAUAAUGACGAAAUAUGUUGUCCCUUGGAGUCCAUUGAAUUGGUAUGCGUUUAAAUACGUCUUUGCACCACUCAUCUCGCGGCUGCCCGUCCUAUACUGGUUAGAAGAGAACGCGCUUCCCAAAAAGAUACGAGUAUCCUAUAUCCACCACCCUACUCCUAGCGGUCAGCGUUCAGUAUCCAAGAGUCAUGGGUCCUCUAUCCUAUCCAUUUCCGUCAUUGGCCUUGUGUUAGCUGCUAUUUCUGCGAUCGGAUUUCAGUACUCUCGAAGAUUAUGA